AUGAGGGGAAUUGGCUUACUGUUUCUGACGUUGUUUAUAAGACUUACAGUAUUUGCAAACGAUGAAGACAAGGAUGUUUUUGUUCCUUUAAAAUUCGUUGCUCCGAAGACAGCCUCAGCUGUAAACUUACUCGAGUCUUUCGGAAGUAAGGAUGCCAUUGGACGUAGGUGGAUCAAGAGCGUAGCUAAAAAAGAUGGAGUUGACAAAGAAAUCGCUAAGUAUAACGGAGAGUGGGCUGUUGAUGAACCAUCUCUCGUAUCCAUCGAAGGGGAUUACGGACUUAUUGUAAAGACAAAAGCCCGUCAUCAUGCUAUUUCUGGCCGACUUGUUAAGCCUUUCAUCUUCGGAGAGCGCCCUCUUGUUAUUCAAUACCAAGUGCAGUUUGAGGAAGGUCAAGAAUGCGGUGGAGGUUACGUGAAACUUCUUAGUGAAGGAGCUGAGAAAGAUCUUGGAGCUUUUACUGAUACAACACCUUACACUAUCAUGUUCGGGCCUGAUAAAUGUGGAGCCACUGGAAAAAUUCAUCUGAUUUUCAGAUAUAAAAACCCUAAGAAUAACACUAUUCAUGAACAUCAUGUUAAACAACCCUCCAAUCUCGGCACUACUUACUGGGAUGACCACAAGCCUCAUUUGUACACUGCUGUGAUCAAUCCUAAUGGCGAUUUCUCUGUAAACAUUGAUGAGAAGAAUGUUAUUUAUGGCAACAUGCUCAAGGAUCUCACUCCUUCUCUUGUUCCUCCAGUUAUUAUUGAUGACCCCACUGACAAGAAGCCACAAGAAUGGGAUGAUAGAGCCGAAAUUGAUGAUGUAGAAGCUACUAAGCCAGAUGAUUGGGAUGAGAGCCAGCCAAUGCAAAUUGUUGAUGAAACCGCUGUCAAGCCUGAUGAUUGGCUCGAAGAGGAGCCUGAUCUUAUUCCUGACUCAGAAGCUCGCAAACCUGAUGAUUGGGAUGCAGAUAUGGAUGGCGAAUGGGAGCCACCUUCAGUAGAUAAUCCUGCUUGCAAGGGAGUAUCAGGAUGUGGUCCAUGGAAAAGACCAUCCGUUCCUAAUCCCAAAUACAAGGGUAAAUGGGUUUGUCCCAAAAAAGCUAAUCCAGCUUAUAAGGGAGUUUGGAAGCCACGUCAAAUCCCAAAUCCUAAUCAUUUUGAACCAACAGCUUUUGGAGGACUGUCCACAAUAACCGCUGUCGGUAUUGAGUUAUGGACCAUGAGCCAAAACAUUAUUUUCGAUAAUAUCUUGAUUUGUGAUUCCGAAGACACCGCUCACGAUGUUGCUAAGCAAACGUAUUACUUAAGAAAGAGUGAAGAUGCACGUCUCGCUGCUUCUAUGGGAGAAGGAGGAGGAUUCUUCCAAUAUUUCAUCGACGCCGCUGAGGAGAAACCAUGGUUAUGGGCUGUUUAUGUAUUCGGUGUUUUGAUUCCAACAGUAUUCGUUGGAGUGUUCUGUUUCGGAAGAAAAUCUACCCCUCAUGAUAGCUAUUCUUACAACAAAAAGCAUGAUGUCUUCAUGGAGGAUGACGACAAGAUUCCCAAUCUGGUGGAUGAAGAAGGAAAUGAGGUUAGAGCUGAUGAGGAGGAAGAAGAAAAGGCCGAUGAGUCUGACGAUGUCGAAGAAGUUGUGGAAGAAGAGAAAGUUGAAGCUAAAACAGCCGCCAAAUCUUCCCCUAAGGCUGAGCAUGUACCAAAGGCUAUGGAACUUAUUGAAGCUGAUGAUAGUGAAAGUGAUGGCGAAAAACGUGUUGAGAAGGUAUCGCCUGCUGUGAGUAAAAGAAAGGCUCGUAGGCAAGACUAG